AGUAAGGCAGUAACCUCGCAGCUCUAGGACCCUGCGGCCCGCUGCUCUCUGGAGGUGUCAGCACUCUCUCGUGCCGGAGCAGGGCACCUACUCCGCCAGACUCUUGAUCAAUUAUUUGUAUAGUCUGGAGAUGGCUGCGAAUCGGAUGGGGAGGCGUUAUAACAAUAAGAUCCACUCACCGAACCGAGGCACCAGCCAGGAAGCUGGACUGAGUGUGCAGAAGAGACAAGCACGAGUCACAGUAAAAUAUAACAGAAAGGAACUCCAGAGGCGCCUGGAUGUGGAAAAGUGGAUAGAUUGUGGACUUGACGAGCUGUAUUUGGGAAGGGAAGAGGAUAUGCCAGAAGAAGUGAACAUUGACGAGCUACUAGAUCUACAAAGUGAUGAAGAAAGGACGCAGAAGCUUAAGGACAUCCUUCAUACCUGCGGAAACAACACAGAAGUCUUCAUCACAGAAUUGGUGAAUAAACUUCAUGGCUUGCAGAAACAAGAAGAUCUUCACAACAAUGGGAUUGAACAUCCCCAGCUUCACAUCUUCCCUGAUCACGAGGGCUCUCCUGACACUGAGAUAAACUGAGCACCUGCGCAAACAUCUACAGCUCUUCAGUCUCCUGUAUCAAAAAUGUUACAUAUCAAGGCAUCAGCAGCACAUGUUGCUGUCUUUAAUUUGUGAAGUAAUAAAAAAUAAAUAAAUAAAUAACUAUAAAAAUUGCUUUAGAGUUGCCUAAAGCUCAGAGUAAAACUCUGACUAACCACUGCAUGGACCUAUGACAAGUUGUCUUUAUCAUUUUUAAAUUUUAAACAAUUAUAAAUUUGUCUGUAAUUGUUUGUUACAGUAGAAGUGAUUUCACAUAAUGAAUGUUUAUUUGUUCAUUUAAAUAAUUAUUUCUACCUGAUCCCAUAAAAUUGCUUUCAUUGGUAUAACCCAAUACAGUCAGGUUUAUUUGGUAAUAUUAAAAAAAAAAAAAACUUUAUUGGGCUGUAAUAAAAAGUUAAUUUAGUGAAUUUUAGGUCACCUGAGAAAACAAUUUGUUCAGUGCAUAACAGCCAUUUUAAAUAAUUUUUCCUUUGAAAUACUGACCCAUGUGAAGGACAUUUCUCAUGAAAUUAGAUUUUUUUUUUUUUUUUUUUUAGAUUAUGCCGAAGCCAUGAGUUUUUCCACAAAUGGACCAAAGAUUUGUUGAAAGGUGCUUUUUAGAUUUCAAAUCAGUUACAGUAAUUUCCUGUUGUGUUGUUUAUGUAUGUAGUAGGAUUUUGCCAGAUUAAAUCAUUUUCAGGAAAAGUCUUGAAUUUAAUAUGCUUCAUUAAAACUGACAGCUUAAGCUUUUUCCCUGUAGAAAACAAGGCUGGUUUGUCACAAAAUAAUAAGGUAUUGUUAAUAUGUUUGCUGCGACUAUAUGAACUGCUACAAGCUUGUCAAAUUUAUUGUAUGUUUGAAGAAGACUCCACAUUUUGAAUGAAUUCUUGAGUUUUCCUCUUUCCUCUAGCUUUGUAUUUAGUUUAGUGUAUAAUUCACCAGUAUGGUUUGUACAGUGGCAGAGUACCAGAAUUUUUUUUUUAUUUUUGCUUGCUUGUUUCACUUGUUUGUUUUAUUUUGUAUUUAUAAUGAUAUGAAACUGAGUGAAAAAAAAUAAUGGGCUAUUUAUCUUUUGGUAUCCCUCUUGAUAUUGUUUUUUUGGUAUCCCCAAGCCUUUUUUAUUUUAAAUGAAACAAAAACACUCCAGCUAAAGAACAGAAAUAAAUAAUGCUGUAAAUAGCCCGUUAUAUC